GCGCUUGACGUCCUCCCACGCUGGCUGGCAGGAUCGCAGUUCAGCGAGGCUGCCCGAGAAACUCCCCGAGGCGCCUGCAAGGAAUGCAAGGGGAACUGCAAGUGUCCUAACGCGCACAGCCCUGCAGAGCUUCGCUUCCCAGCGGGCGAGUCUGUGCAGCGACGGAUGGACUGGGUCAAGAAGGCAGUCAGGCGAGCCGACACGAAGUUAGAAGCAGCUCCGAACUCGGCGGCAGAGCGAGAACUCGACCAGAAGCGGAAGAAGGAGGAGGAGAAAGUGCCGCCACCUCCGGCACCUGCAGGCGAGACGCAGCGGCCUCGAGUGGAGGAGCGGUUCAAGAGGGUGCUGCUGCGAAUCCUGGAUGAGAAG